GGUGUUUCAUAGUUCAGUUGUGACUAAAGACGAUGCCUCCUUAGUGCAGCAUGUUGAUAAUGAGCAGUCUUCUACUCAAGAGACACUGGUGGAACCAGUUGCUUCACGUCCCACCAUUACUCCCAGAAAAGACACUGACAAUAAUAUACCAGCUUACAAGAAAGCAUUUCAACAUCCAAAGAAUUACGAAGAGCUGUGGAUACUAAUAUCAACUGAUUACAUAGUUAGGAGACUUGGUUAUAUUGACUUGAGACAAGACAAAAAUACAACCAUACGACUAAUAGCAAUGCAAGAUAAAAGAAAGACCCCACCUAAGCCGCUUUUCAUGAAUGUACAUUAUUCUGAUUCUAAACCUACUGCAUGUCUCCCCACUAAAUGGGACUAUGGGGCACUAGGGGUCAGGAUAACUACGAAGUUUAUCUGGUAAAGACCGAGGUAUUGAAGCCUGAUCAGUAUCAAUCAGUAUCUCACAUCACAGUAUCAACUAAUAAAGACUGUAGCAGUGAGAGUGGUGUUAUCCCCAUACAAACCAUUAAACCCAAGGAGUAUGAUUAUAAUUUUGGUGUUUGUAUUCAUAAAGGGAUUGGACCUGAUUUCAAGCCUAAGGUACUCCUGGAUUAUGUGAAGAUGCACUUGGCAGUAGGAGCUGAAAUAAUAACAAUAUACAUACAGACUGGGGCAGAAGGAGUCUAUGAUAUAUUACUACCAUACAUUAAUAAAGGAACUGUUGAAGUAUUGGACUGGAAGCUAGAGCCCAACAUUACUAAUGGAGGCUCCCAUCAUUACGGACAGACUGGGAUAAUAACUGAAUGUCUUUGGCGUAAUAUAUAUCGAGUGAAGUACUUGGGUAUGAAUGAUGCUGAUGAGUUCUUUAUUCCGGUACAACAUAAGACAAUAUCGGAGCUGAUGUCUGAUAUUGAUAAAGCUCCUACUGCAGCUUUUAGUUUUCAGAAUUUCAUGAUGAAAGGGAAUGAGAUGCUGCCAAAAGUAGCUAAAGCGUUGAGUUCAAACAGACUGUUCUGA